GCACCACCAGUCGUCCAUCAGGCCCUGCUCGCCUGCCCUGCCGCCAUGUCCCUGCCCCUGUCAGACCAUGACAAACGGAAGCAGAUCAGCGUGCGGGGCCUGGCUGGCGUGGAGAACGUGGCCGAUCUGAAAAAGAACUUCAACCGGCACUUACACUUCACGCUGGUCAAGGACCGCAAUGUGGCCACGCCCCGAGACUACUACUUCGCGCUGGCCCACACCGUGCGAGACCACCUGGUGGGGCGCUGGAUCCGCACGCAGCAGCACUACUACGAGAAGGACCCCAAGAGAGUCUACUACCUGUCGCUGGAGUUCUACAUGGGACGGACGCUUCAAAACACCAUGGUGAACCUGGCCCUGGAGAAUGCCUGUGACGAGGCCACCUACCAGCUGGGCCUGGACAUGGAAGAGCUGGAGGAAAUCGAGGAGGACGCGGGGCUGGGCAAUGGGGGCCUGGGCCGGCUGGCAGCCUGCUUUCUGGACUCCAUGGCGACGCUGGGCCUAGCUGCUUACGGCUACGGGAUCCGCUAUGAGUUUGGGAUUUUUAACCAGAAGAUCUCCGGGGGCUGGCAGAUGGAAGAGGCUGAUGACUGGCUUCGCUACGGCAACCCCUGGGAGAAGGCGCGACCCGAGUUCAUGCUGCCUGUCCACUUCUACGGCAGAGUGGAGCACACCAGCCAGGGGACCCAGUGGGUGGACACACAGGUGGUACUGGCCAUGCCGUAUGACACUCCCGUGCCUGGCUAUCGCAACAACAUCGUCAACACCAUGCGCCUCUGGUCAGCCAAGGCCCCUAAUGAUUUCAACCUCAAGGACUUUAACGUUGGUGGCUACAUCCAGGCUGUGCUGGACCGAAACUUGGCUGAGAACAUCUCUCGUGUCCUAUACCCCAAUGACAAUUUCUUUGAAGGGAAGGAGCUGCGGCUGAAGCAGGAGUACUUUGUGGUGGCGGCCACGCUCCAGGACAUCAUCCGACGCUUCAAGUCCUCGAAGUUCGGCUGCCGAGACCCAGUGCGAACCAGUUUCGAUGCCUUCCCUGAUAAGGUGGCCAUCCAGCUCAAUGACACCCACCCGUCCUUGGCCAUCCCCGAGCUGAUGAGGAUUCUGGUGGACGUGGAGCGGCUGGACUGGGACAAGGCAUGGGAAGUGACCGUGAAGACCUGCGCCUAUACCAACCACACGGUGCUGCCCGAGGCGCUGGAGCGCUGGCCCGUGCACCUGAUGGAGACGCUGCUGCCCAGGCACCUGCAGAUCAUCUAUGAGAUCAACCAGCGCUUCCUGAACCGGGUGGCAGCCGCGUUCCCAGGGGACGUCGACCGGCUGCGGCGCAUGUCGCUGGUGGAGGAGGGCGCAGUGAAGCGCAUCAACAUGGCACACCUGUGCAUCGCCGGCUCGCACGCCGUCAACGGCGUGGCUCGCAUCCACUCGGACAUCCUCAAGAAGACCAUCUUCAAGGAGUUCUACGAGCUGGAGCCGCAUAAGUUCCAGAACAAGACCAACGGCAUCACCCCUCGGCGCUGGCUGGUCCUUUGUAACCCCGGCCUGGCCGAGGUCAUUGCCGAGCGCAUCGGGGAGGACUACAUCUCUGACCUGGACCAGCUGCGUAAGCUGCUCUCCUAUGUGGACGACGAGGCCUUUAUCCGGGACGUGGCCAAAGUCAAGCAGGAAAACAAGCUGAAGUUCUCGGCAUACCUGGAGAAGGAAUACAAAGUCCAGAUCAACCCCAACUCGCUCUUCGAUGUCCAGGUGAAGCGGAUUCAUGAAUAUAAACGCCAGCUCCUUAACUGCCUUCACAUCAUCACACUGUACAACCGCAUCAAGAAGGAGCCCAAUAAGUAUUUUGUGCCUCGCACCGUGAUGAUUGGCGGGAAGGCUGCUCCUGGGUACCACAUGGCCAAGAUGAUCAUCAAACUCAUCACGGCCAUUGGAGAUGUGGUCAACCACGACCCGGUGGUGGGAGACCGCCUUCGAGUGAUCUUCCUGGAGAACUACCGGGUCUCCUUGGCUGAGAAAGUGAUCCCGGCCUCUGACCUCUCCGAGCAGAUCUCCACCGCGGGCACGGAGGCUUCGGGCACUGGCAACAUGAAGUUUAUGCUCAACGGGGCUCUGACCAUUGGCACCAUGGACGGGGCCAACGUGGAGAUGGCAGAAGAGGCGGGCGAGGAGAACUUCUUCAUCUUUGGCAUGCGGGUGGAGGAUGUGGACAAGCUUGACCAGACAGGGUACAAUGCUCAGGAGUACUAUGACCGCAUUCCCGAGCUCCGGCAGGUAAUUGAGCAGCUGAGCAGCGGCUUCUUCUCCCCCAAACAGCCGGACCUGUUCAAGGACAUCGUCAACAUGCUCAUGCACCAUGACCGGUUCAAAGUCUUUGCGGAUUACGAAGCCUACAUUAAGUGCCAGGAGAAAGUCAGUGCGCUGUACAAGAACCCUAGAGAAUGGACAAGGAUGGUGAUUCGGAACAUAGCCACCUCCGGGAAGUUCUCCAGCGACCGCACCAUCACCCAGUAUGCCAGGGAGAUCUGGGGGAUCGAACCUUCUCGCCAGCGCCUGCCGGCCCCUGAUGAGGCCAUCUGAGCACCCCUCCCCCUUCCCUACCCCACCCCAGUUGGUGGCUCCAGCUCCUUGUUCAGAGGGUGGUGGCCUGACUCUUAACCUUCUUCCCGGAACCCCCCCCUCCCUUCACUGAGGCCUCAGUGGCCUCCAUCCCGCCCUUGGGCGCAGCCCCCCUGUUUAUGGGGUCUGCCCAACGGCACCCACUCCCCAAUAAAACAAUUCUCCCGA